AUGUCCAUCCAUGUCGGACAGUUGGUGCUCUAUCUUCUCGUGGCAUGUCUCUCUGGCUGCAAAGGUCUAGAACUGACCAUUGGCCGCACACCAGGGAGCCAGUUUUGUGCACAACUUGUCUGUGACCAGACUGUCAGUCAGAAUGACCAACGCAUUUCAUUUCUCAUUGGGCUGUCAGUUUAUAACCUGACCUUAGGAAACUUCAGAGUUAAACUGGCAUCUCUCUCCCUGUUUGACCCUGAACUGUACAUUGACCCGUCUAAGGUCGAGGUCAUCAACGGGACAGGGAGCAUCACAAGAAGUCAAGGACAUCUGGAGUUAAGUUUCCAGGAUGUGGCCGACUGUCUGCAGGGAUCGCUUCUGUGCGAGUUGGACUUUGUUAAUGUCAGUGGACAGCCGGACUCUCUCAUCGAAAGCACCACUCCAUGGGACAGCAGCUCCUGCACUUUGCUGGAGGACCAGCUGAUAUUGCUGAUGGCGCGGGUUCAAAACCUGACCUCCAACACACAGACAGCUCUAGCGGCACUGGCACAAGAGAACGCCGCCCUGGAAAGCAAGGUGAACGAGUUGACACAAAAUAACACCGUACUCGAAGGCAAGAUGAAUCUACUGGCAAACCAUAAUCUGGCCCUAAAGAGCACCCUAGAUCAGGUGGUUCAACGCUUGGACACACUAGAAUCCCAGGCGAAUUCAUCCAUCGACAAACCACAGGAAACCCAGCUGGAUUGCUUCAAAGGUAUGUCAUCUACCAACCCCAGACAAGUGUUCCAGUUAUGGGGUUACAUACCUGCCCUGUGUGACACCGAGACCGAUGGUGGCGGUUGGGUCACUGUACAGAGACGAACAAGAGGUAACGUGGACUUCUACAGGGUCUGGGCAGACUACAGAAAUGGGUUUGGAACCCCUGACACCGACCUCUGGAUCGGGCUUGACGUCCUUCACAACCUCACCUCACAGGGAUACACGGAGCUCCGAUUCGACCUGCAGUAUCAAGGCAAGCCAUAUUUUGCCCACUAUUCCAACGUGAAAGUGGCUAGCGAAGUUUUCAGCUACUACCUGGAAGUGAGCGGCUACUCGGGAACGUCAGGCGACAGUUUUAGCCUCCACAACGGCCAAGCUUUCUCUACCUUUGACCGAGAUCACGACACCUCGGCUGUGAACUGUGCAGAACGUUCUCACGGAGCUUGGUGGUAUAAAAGUUGUUACGGGUCCAACCUGAACGGACUGUGGGCAGAGGACAGCGAGCAGGGUAUCAUCUGGGAGGCGAUGAGUAGCUACGUGUCCCUGGACUCUGCAGAGAUGAAAGUCAGGCUGGUACAGUAA